CGACCCUAAGAUAUUCUGCAUCUAAAGAUCCUCUUAAAAUUAAACCUAAGCAACUAACAUGUACAUCUUCCAACUGUGAUAAAAGUAUUGAAAUACUUGAGAAAUUCAUCACAGCUAAAAUGGAACCUAGGUGCAACUCAGAAUCUAGCACAUCAUCAAUAGUUAGGAAGAUGAGAAAGCAACUUAAUAUCCAAUCUCAAGAAAUUAUUGAUGAAGAGAUGUCAAAUACUGAUAAUAGAAGAAAUAAAGAUAAUGAUUCAAAGGGAAAAGCUAGUAAUAUGGUUGAAGGAUCCAAUAAAAAAUCUAUUAAAAUUAGUAGUGAAGAGAUAACCAGAAUUCAAGAUAAAUUAUCCAAUAAGAAAGCAAACCGCUUAAUAGAGAAAAAUCAUUAA